GAUAUCCUGGAUACGAAACAUGAAUUUACAUACAUACAUACAUAAUAACAAUAUUGAAACAAAAUACGGUUACAAAAGCAUAUACGUGUAUGUGUAUGGAUAUUGAACGAAUACAAUUGAAAUUUACAUGCGUACACACAUAAACGUAUCAACAUACAUUUACAUAUACAUAUAUGAAAAUUGAAGUUAUGCUUUACAGUUAUUGAACUUUUUGUAUAAUUUUUUUUUUUUUUUUUGGAUUUUUCAUUAUUUUUCUUCAUCUCGAUAAAGAAGGAAAAGUGAAACUGAACGGUUUGGGAGUGUCCUUCCCUACACAAUAGGCAAUAUAUGUAUAUAUACAUAUAUAUACAUAAACAAAUAUGUGUAAAGUGUGUAAAUAGGAGUAUAUGUUAAGAUAAGAAUAAAUACAGUUUAUAAAAAAAACAAACGCAAAUCCCAUCAAACAAUUUAUUUAUGAAAAUAAUAACAAAAGCGAUAAUUUGUAUGCUGCGCAAUAAUUUUCCUGUUUUAUUUGUGAUAUAAUAAGUGAAAUUAUUAAAAACAAAAAAAAAAAAUAAAUCUACAGGCGUAACACUUAAAUAUUUAAGAAGAAAAGAGCAAUUUUACGAUAACACAAGAGGAAAAUUAUGAAAAAUUUCAAUAAAAAUGAUAAGUAAAAGUUGAAAAUUAGUGAUAUCACAAUACACAAUAGUUAAUUUCAAAAAUUAAAUUAAAAAUUUGAAAUAAAACAAAAAAUUUCUUAAUUAAACAAAAACAAAAUAAAAAAAGAAAAUUUCCAAUAAAGAUUUUAUUUUAUUUCUCUUACCCUGUGCCAUUAAGAUGUGAUGUGACCUAAAUAAUACGAUUAGCUUUUCUUAAAUGUUGUUUUUGUAAUAAUUUGUAAUUUUAUGUUAAAUAUCAUUUUUUUUUCCUAUUUUGUGUGGCUCAAGAGAGAAAAAGAGAGCGUUUAGGCUGCGCAAAUGUUAGGAAAAAAGAAAAACAACAUAAAAACAAUGAAAAAAUCUUUCGAAUUUUUUUUAUGAAAAAAAAUAAAAAUAUACAAAAUUUUGACUAAAAUAAAAUUUUUAAGUAAAAAAUGAAAAAUAAAAUAAAAAAAAAACAAGUGAAAAAUUGAAAAAUUAACGAAAAAAAUAAACCGUAAAGUGUUCAUAAUUCAAUACCAGAAAAAUAUAUAUAUACAUAUGAAAAUAUAUACGAAAACAAAAUAAUUGUGUGUAUUACCUUUUAAUAUCGUAAAAUAAAAUAAUUAAAAAAAUUAUAUAUACAAAUACUUUUAAAAAAAUUUAAAUAUAAAUAAAAUAAAAAAUUUAAUAUCAAUAUGGAUAGUUCACCAGAUUUAUCAUUAAAAUUACGACGCGGUUCAAGUGAUUCCCGUGAUUCAUUUUAUUUAAAUUUAGCUCAAGGUGUCGAUUCUGAUAUCGAAGAAGUAACGGCACGACCACAGACAACUAAAGAUCAAAAGCAAUCAUCUGAAACAGAUGAUCUUCCACCGCCACCUGUUGAACCAACAUCUAUAUCAUCUAUACCAUCUUCAACAUCGUCAUCAUCACCCCCACCACCCCCACUACAUUUAUCUUCACCACCCCCAAUUCAUCGUAGCUCAAUAACAUCUCAACAAUCGCAAGGAACAAUUUCAUCACCUAAACAAAUUUCAUCACCAAUUCAAAGUGGCAGUCCCCAUUCACAACAAUCUGCAUCACCACCAUCUCAGCGCGGUUCAAUCGCUUCACAAAAAUCCAUUCAUUCAAAAUCCCCACCAUCUCAACGUGGAUCAAUAUCAUCACAACGUUCAUUACAAUAUGCGGCUCCCCAGUCUCAACAAAUAUCAUCACCCCCCCAAAGAGAAUCACCUCCAUCAUUAUCAAAUACAAGAUCACCUCCAUCUAAACGUGGUUCAAUUUCAUCUCAAAGAUCACAACCCCAAUCACCACCAUCACAACGAGGUUCAAUAUCAUCGCAAAGGUCAGCUGAUAGACAAUCAGUAAAAUCUCCGUCAGCUAAAAGGCCAUCAAUUACAUCACAAAGAUCAGUCGGAUCAAUACACUCCCAACACUCACAACAUUCGUCACAUCAUUCACCACCUUCACAUCAGUCUCAACAUUCACAUCAUUCACAACAAUCACAACAUUCAAUUCCAUUAUCACAUCAUUCUCAAGCUACGGAUAAUUCAUACUCGCCCCAUAAUGGUCGUGAUAUCAACUCACCACCUAUACGACGUGGUUCUCCGCCAACUGAGUCUCCACCGCAAGGUCAAAUGGGAUAUUCACCACCACCACCACUGCAAUCGGCAUCUCCACCACGAAGCUUACAUGAAAUAUCCGAAUCACCGGUGUUACCGCCAUUGUCACCACCUUUACCAGCAUCAGCAUUUGAAAUGCAAAGAGCUUCGCCACCAGAUUCUCCACCAAUAGAAUUAGCAUCACCACCAAAUGCAAAUGGUAAUGAGGGUAGUGAAGAUGACACUACAAUAGAUAUGACUAUACCAGUCGACGUACCACCAUCUUCACCACCUCCUUUACCUCCAACAAGUGCAUCAGAUGCCACUACGCCACCAUCAAGUGUUCUUCCAGCACCUUCUUCUGUUGAUUCAACUCCACUUCCGACUCAUCGUACUUCAGGAUACGGUUUAGGUGAUCGUCAAUUUACGAUACCUCCACCGCCCCCGGAAGAAAUUGAUAUACAACAGGAGCAACUAGAAGAAGAAGAAGAAAUAGAAGAAGAAGAAGAAGAAGAGGAAGAGGAAGCAAACUUAGAAUCGACAUCACCCCCAAUAGAACCAUCAGAAACAACAGAAAUACAACGCGAAUUAGAAAAAACCGAAGAAGAGCAGCAACAUGAAAGUGAAGAGGAUGAUGAAAUUGUAGGUCUUCCACUUCCUACUAUUGUAACAACAAUAGCACCGGUACUAGUAGAUGAAGGAGAUGAUGGAGAUGAAAGCGAUGAUGAAAGAGAUGAAGGUGAUGAUGCAGAUGAAGAAGAUGAUAAUGGUAGUAAUGAACAAGCAGAGGAUAAUGAUAUUCAACGACGAUUAGAUCAAAUUCAUAUAGAGGAAGGCGAAAGGGUAAAUGCUGAUUCGGACUUUAUAGCAGUUCCAAUGCCACCGCCAACACCUUUAUCAAUAGAUGACAGAUCUGCAUCUGAAAAUAAUGGAUCAGAAACAAGUUAUGAACUUGAUGAUCUAAGUGAUCAAAUAAAUCAAAUAUUGGAAAAAGAUCCAAUAGAAGGGACUGGUGUUGCUGCUGAUUUCAACAUUCAUAACAUUGAUUGGCUGAAAAACUAUUCAAACAGCAACAGUCCCGCAAGGCAAGGAAGUACUGUCAUGGAAGUACCACCACAUCAUCCAUCACCUAUAUCACCUGGUAAUAUUUUAGUAUCAUCUGAAACUGUUAGUCAUAAUUCAUCAUCACCAUCAAAAUCAUCACGUAAACAUUAUGGUUCACAACAUCGUGUUACAAUCGAUGAAAGUAAUUUACCAUUAUCAGCAUCAUCAACACACCAUCAAUUAGUAACAAUAACAACAACAACAACUCAACGUGAUGGUAAUGGUGGAGGUAGCGGUGGUGGUUCAUCACCACCACCAUCUGGUGGUGGAGGUGGACCAGGAGCAACAUCAUCAUCAACACAACAAUUAGUAGCAACAGCUAGCGGACAAGGUGGUCAUUUAGCAUUAAUGUAUCAUAGUAGUCAACAUCAUCCAUUACCAAUGUUACCAACAAUUAGAAAAUCAUCUAGGGCACCAUCUUAUUAUUCAACAGCAAGUCAUCAUCAUCCGGAAAUUAAAGCAGGUGAUGCAUUAGCAACGACAUUUUCAGCUUUAUAUGGAAAAUUAUUGGUUGUAAUGGGUAUUGCUUUUCCAAUGGCUGAAGUUAUAUCAACUUAUAUACCGCCUUCAUUCUAUGAGGUGUACUACCUUUAUUUGUAUGUUGGAAGCAUGUUAUUUUUACUAUUUAUGUAUGCAACAUUACUAUGGGGCCGUCCUAAAAUAGUGACACCAAAAAAAUCACCAAAGAAAAAAGCUAGUGCAACAAAUAGCAGUGCCUCUGAUAGUAUGGAAGAAUCGGAUACAGAAAGUUGUUCAAGUGAAGAAAAACGAAGGCAAGCAGCAGCAAAAAGACGGCCAUCAUUAUUAGCACCAAUCGGUGGUAAACAUUAUCAUUAUGGAAGUUUUUACUUAAGAAUGGGUGCUGUAGCAUUUGGAAUUGGCAGUAUGAUCUACUCUGGUCUUGAAUUUGGACAGUACUUUGAAUUAGAAAGAGAUACCAAGUGUCAUAAUGUAUUGUUAGCCUUAACACCAGCCACUCGUAUGGCUUUCAUUUUCAUUCAAAUGUACUUUAUAUUUUUAAAUAACGAGCAAAUAAAAGUCUAUCGUCACAAGAUAAUUGCACGUUUUGGACUUAUGCAUAUGAUUGGAACAAAUUUAUCUGUAUGGUUAAAUGUUCUUAUACAGGAGACAAAGCAUGAAAUUUUAACCUUCUAUGAUCCAGAGAAUCGCACUCUAAGGAUAUCACAUCGAUUAGGUAAUCGUAUGCAACAUUUUGACCAUUCAGCUCAUUUAAGAGUAGCACGUGGCCUUAAAGGACCUUAUCAAAUAUUCGAAUGCCGACGUACAAAUAUUAUAGGAACAUUAGUUCAAGAUGCUUCCCCAUUCCUUUUCCCAUGUACCAUUGAAUAUUCAUUGAUAUGUGCCGCUAUUUUAUAUGUUAUGUGGCGUAGUAUAUCACAUCCAUCUAGUACACCGCCAGUUCGUAUUGAAAAUCAACAAUCACCAAUUAAAAGAUCACCUCAUCAUUAUUCUGUUGAUUGUGCUCGAGCUCAUAAAGGACUUUUUGUUGGAAUAUUAAUUUUAGUAUUAACAAUAAUAUCUUUAAUUUUAUUCUUCGUAUUAAUUUCACGACCAGAAUUCGUAUCAUUAGCCGUAACAGAAGUAACAAUAUGUGAAUUGACAAUAUAUGCUACAGCAACAAUAGCAACAGUAAUCGGUAUGAUACAAAUUCGUGUCUUACAAUAUGAUGCAUACCGUUGUUUUACACUUGAUGAUAUACUAUUGGUUGGUGCACAAAGUGGCCUUUUCCUCUACAGUACAUUCACUGUUAUCGGCGGUCAUUUUACAUUACGUAAAGAUACAAUUUUAGUAUUAAUAACGGCUUUAGCCUCAAUAGUUCAAACAGCAUUUCAAACAAUGUUUAUAUUAGAUGCAAGUAGAAGACAAGCAGUUAGUCCAGAACAUAUGCGUCGAAAACCUGGAAGAGAAAUUGUAACAUUUAUGUUAGUAGCUAAUUUAGCAAUGUGGGCAAUUAGUACAUUAGAAAAAUCAAGAGCUGAAUCACAUCCAAUUCAAUUGAAUUUUUAUGGAUUAUGGGCAUGGACAAUAAUAACACAUGUAUCAAUGCCAUUAGCAAUAUUCUAUAGAUUUCAUAGUACAGUUUGUUUAUGUGAAAUUUGGAAGAGAGCAUAUAAAUUAAAACCGACGUAUAUGUGAGAAUGUCCGGUUGAUGAAUGUAAGUCUACGGACGUACAUUCACAUUGUAUGAUAUUAGUUAUAGAUGGAAGCUAUGAAGCUGAAGAGAAAUGUAUAGGUCAUAUACAUAAUCAUGAUCUAAGUAAUAGCAUUUGUGGUGACGGUAAUGGUAUCAGUGGUGGAUUCACUAAUGAAGGUUAUCACGAUACUCCUGAAAAUGGCGGGCCAAGUAAUAUAGUUGAUGAAUAAAUAAAAGAAAAAAUUUUUAAUUUUUAAUUAUUUAUAUAUUAAAUUCAAAAAAACAAAAAAAAAUGAAAAAAAAAAUAAUAAAAUUUAAACUAAAUAUUAAAUUAUAUAAACAAUAUAAAAAUAAAAAAAAAAUUAAAAAGAAAAAACAAAAAAAUGCGAAAAUCAAAUCAAAUUUUUAAUUACGAAUUAAGGACUUAUUUUUUAUUCAAAUAAGUUUUUUAAUACUACUGUGCUAUUUUAUUACUAUUAUUAUUAAUUGUUAGAUUUCCUUUUAUAAAUUAUAAUUGAAAUUAAAAAGUUAAAAAUCAAAAAAAGAAAAAAACAAAAAGAAAAUAUUCUGCUAAAUUAAAUUUAAAUUAAAAAACAAAAAUAAACGAAAAUGAUUUAAAACCAAAAAAAAAUUAAAAAUUAAGUAUAAAACAAAUAUAACAUUAUGAAAAUUAGAAAUAUAUUGCAUAUUAUAAACAAUUGUAUUUUAAAUUAAAUGUUUUAUCGCAUACCAUAAAUUAAAAAAUAUAUAAGUAAACUGUAAUAUUUGUAUAAUCUAUAUAUAAAAUAAAAUGUAAACUAUUUAUAUAAAGGAAAACAAAAAAAAAUGUGUAUAACAGUUUUAAGAUUUAAAUAACAAAAUUAUUUAAGUAAAACUCUCAUAGGAUUAUAUUUUAGAAUUUAUAUAUAGAAUGUAAUAAAUCCCAAUUAGAUUCUAGUAAAAGAAAAUAAAAAUAUAACAGUUUUACAAUACCAUUAUCGGAUUUCCUCGCUAUAAUCAAUCUCUCUGUUAUAAUGUAACUAGUUUAUAUUGGUCUAGAAAUAAAAGAGUUGUUAUUCAAACAAUAUUUUAUUCAAAUUGAUUUCAUUGUACUAAACUCAACUCAAACCACAAAAUUUUCCAAUUUUUUUUUGAAAAACUUACAAUUUACACAAGAAAAUAUUUUAUUUGUUCGAACAAUAAUCAUUUUUCUAUUAAUUUCAAGAAUAAACACCUUAUAUGUUUCGAAAAUCAGUUAUCAAUUCUAGACCAAUUUCCUAGUAGUUCUUUUUUAUAGAUAACAAAAAAAAAAUCAACACCAAAAUAAUUUCAAAUCUUACACCCUCCUCCUUCCAGCCCUUUGCACAUAAUGUUUCUCACCAAUGUUUCUCUACUUAUAACUAUUAGCAAUUAAAAAACAAAAAAAAAAAAAAACAUUUUUUUGCAUAUCAUAAAAUUUAGUAAAAUCAUAGUGAGAACAGAAAAUAUUAACAGAAAUUCAAAAACUAUACUUACAACUAAAAAAAUUCUCUCAAAUUAGAACCAUGUAGAACCAACUCUAUAAAUAAAUAGAAGAAAAAUAAAAAAACAAAUCUUAUUUCUUAGUCUUUGUAAAUAAAAAUGAAAUUUUUCAUUGAAAAAUUGCACUUUACAAUCUCUUUAUCUCUAUGUCUAUCACUAUCAGCCAUCCCUUACUUUUUAAAUAUAUAAAAUAAAAUAUAAAAUAGCUAUACCAAUAUUAAAUUAUUAAAUUUAUUGUAAUUUAUAUGUAUAGAUUAAAUUUAUUAAUAAAAAUUAAAAAAAAAAAUAUGGAAAUUGUUCAAAAUGUACAUACACGUUUUCGUUUACAGAAACACAUACUCUACCAACGUGUGUACAAAUGUUUUUACAAAUCUAUAUAAUAUGAAAAUAAUAACAAUAUUAAUUUAUCAUUUAAAAUAUUAGAAAACUUCCAGGUGAAUAACCUUAUAAGUUUUAAAAAUUUACAACUGUUGAAAAUUUAAAAAUUUAGUAGCGCCUCGUAAAAUUCCAUAAAGCGUUUUUAUCCCGAAAUGUAACACAAAUAAAACUUAUUGAACGAUUAGUUUGUCAUUUUAAAAUGCGCGAACCAAAAAUAAAUUAAGACUCAAAACAACAAAUUCUACGAUAUUUCAUAAAUCUUAUAAUAAAUUCAAAGCAACUUUUUAAAUUUUAAUACACUUGAUGGCAGCUAUCUAGUCCAUAUUAUAUUGCAUUAAAUUUCAACUGAUAUUCUCAUAAAUAUUUCUCAUGAAAAUACUCACGCAAAUAUUUUAAUUUUAGCAUUUACAACACUCUAGUUUUAAAACAAUAACAAAAUAAUGAGCGAGAAAUUUACUCUCAAAAUUUAUAUGUUGCCGCAGAGUAAACUGACAAUUAUUAUCCAACAUUGUUUAAUAAAUUGCUACUCAGCAACAAAUUUUUAUACUACAAUAUAAAUUUUUAUUUCCCAUUUAAUUGUCAUGCAGUUGUACAAACAAAUUUUAAUGCUUUAAAAAAACAAAAACAAUUUUUAUUAUUUUGUCCCAUAGUAAACCCAAUUAAUUUAUAAUAGCGCUAUAAACAAUAUAAAAAUAUACAAAAUAAUAAAAUCAAUCUCUAAAAUAAUAAAAUAAUUUUAAUUUAUAUGUAUGUAUAUAUGUUAAAAUAUACAUAUAUUAAAUAUUUUAACAGUUAUACUUCAUGUAUUUUCCAAAUUACAUAAUAUUAUCAUAUUGUAUAAUAAAAAUAUUCAUACGAAUAUAAAACAAUACAAAAAAUGACUACUAUUAUCCCAUUGAAUUAUCACCCACCAAAGUUUAUGUAAAUAAGUAUACAUAUAUAUAAAACAAGGACAUGCCCAAUAUUGUAUUUGAAAUAAUGAAAAAAAAAAAUUUUUAAUCGAACAAUGUAAUCACAUAAUAUUAUAUACAUACAUAUAAACUCUUAUAUUUAUGUAUAACACAUAAUAUUAUACUUUUACAUAAAUAUUACAUUAAAUAAUAACAUGAAAAGAAGAAAAAAAUUAAAAAGUUGAGAUUUUUUUUUUUACUUUUUUUUUAUUUCCGUUUUUGUUUUUAUUAAAGGAAGAGAUUUAAAAUUUAUUUAGAUAGAAUGAAAUGAAAUGUAAACCCUUUAAUAAGAUCCAAUAUUGCAUAAUUUUAAAUUCUAUAUUAAAAAAAAAAACAAUUAUAACAAUAUAUUUAUUGAGAAAAUAUUAAAAAUAAAACCUAAACAAAAAAAAAACAAAUAAAUGUGACAUUAAUAAAUUACAAUACACCUAUGUACCUACAUAUAUUACAAUACAUAUGUACAUAUGUAAGACUAACCAUAUUUAAACACCUUAAGACAAAUUCUAUAUUUACAUAAUAAUAUACGGAAAAGAACAUAUAUGAGAAAAUUUAAAAAAUCAAAUGAAUUAAAAUAAUUUUUUUAAACCAAUAAUUCCAAACCCAAAACCAAUUUUUAUAAAUUAUCUCCAAAAUAAGUCACAAUACAAAAAAAAUAAAAAGUAAGAAUUAAAAGUAAAAAUAAAAAUAUACGGUGAACUGGGAACAAUAUAGCAAUAUUAUUAAAAAUAUAAUAAUUAAAACAAAAACAAAAAUUGUAUAAUUAUAGAAAACUUAAAUAAAAAAUUUUCAGUAGUUUACAUAUUAUUGAAAUUGUGAAUUUACAUUUAAAAAAAAAAAACAUAUAAAGUAGAUCGUUUGCUAUUUAGAAACAAUAUUAAUAAAAUGAAAAAAGUUCAGGCCUAGAAAUUUGUAAAAUUAUCACCAAACAAAAAAAAAAAAUAAAAAAAUUUCCACUUUUUUAAAAAAUUAAUCAUAUAUAAAUUUGGAACUUAUAUAACACUUACAAAAUAAUCUGAACACAUUGAACAAAAAGCAAUGAUGCAUUUGAUUUUUGUAUUUCUUGCAAAUAUUUGCAAAUAUUUCAUCGAAUUUUAAAUGUUGGAUAGUAGCAUAAUAAUAAUUAGCACAUCAGUUCUGUAAGCUUUCUCACAAAUAUACAAGUUUUAACAAUUUUUCUAAAAAAAUACUGCAGUAUAACAGUUAUCUAAUAAAAUAAUUAAUGUUGUUGCAUGUAUUUAAAUUAUCUAAUAAUUCGGGAUGCUAUACAUACGUAUAACAUAUAUAUAUAAGUAUUAACUACUUUUAAAUAAAUCAAACAUCCGAAUACUAUUCAUAUUAUAUAAAAAAAAUUAAAGACGGGGCUAUUGGACAACAAGAAAAACAUUUCCUAAACGAUGACACUCUUAAGGAUUCAAAAUUCCCUAAUUGAAAACUUCAAACACAAAUAUGUUUACCAAUUUCUCUCAGAGUCAAAAAUGAUCCAAUACCAUUUAUGCAGCAAGUACUCUUAUAAACAGACUCUCUCUGUUAUACAUAUUAUGAUUUCGCUCAAAUAACGUCAAAGUGUUCUACGAAAAUUUGAAAAUUUAAUAAAAAUACUUUUAAUAAUUUAGAAUUUAAUAGAAAAUAAAAAACUGAUUAUAAUCUAAUAAUAUCAAAAAAAUAUUUAAACAAAAAAAAACUAAUAAAUACAAAAUAUUAUGUAAACUUGAAAUUAUUGCGUUAUAAAAAAAAAUAUUAUAUUAAAAAACAUUUCAAAAACCGAAAAUGUAGCCAAAAAUCACAAGUUAAUAAAAACAAAAACUAAAAAAAUAAAAUUAACUUUACAAUUCAAAAAUUAAGUAUGUAUAACAAAUUUAGAAAAUAUUUAAAUUAACACAAAAUUUCAUAUAUUAUGUAUAACAGAUUGGGAAAAUUUUCUGUUAUACAAAAUAAUUAAUUCAAUAUUUUCGAAAUUUAUUACAAAAUUAUUUAACACAAAAUAAAUUUUAUAUAAUAAUUGGCAUAUCAAAAUCUUAUAAUACCUAUACUGUUAUAUU